AUGAACAGACUGCCACCCGAUUCUGAAGAGAAGACGGCUAUUCGUGAUUUGCGCACGAUCCUUCCUGAGAUCAAGCCUCUCAGCGAUAGCUACGUGUUGCGGUGGUUGCGAUCGAAGAAUGGACGCUUCGACGAGACGGCCGACUCCUUGAAGAAACACGUCAUUUUCCGUAAAGCCUGGGAGCUCGACUGCAUCGAAGAAUGGGAAGCGCCAGAGUGCCUCGAAAAAUACUGUGGCUAUGGUUUCCUGCCAGAUAAAGACGGCAAUCCGAUAUUGAUGUCGCUGCUUGGAAACUGCGAUGUGGAAGGUAUGCUGAAGUCGGUCGCUUCACUGGACUACAUCAAAUUUUCGUUAGCAGCUAUUGAGAAAGGGAUGAAACUUUGCGAGCUGCGAGCGGUCCAGACUGGCCAUGAAUGGGAGCAGAUGAUGUUGGUGUUUGACUUGGAUCACGUGUCAACGGCCCACUUCGGAAGUCGCCAAUUCGCAUCCGCUUUUACGACGCUAUGCAUGCUUUUUCAGGAGCAUUACCCGCUAGUCUUAUCCAAGAUUCUGAUCAUAAG